UUGCAUACUCUCUCUCUCUCUCUGCAAGUUGUCGCUGACAUUGCGGUUUCCAGAUCCCAAUCUCAGUGAAGCGUCUACACCCAGGAAGUAAGGAAGGAAGGAAGGAAGCAACAUUACUCGAAAUUUCCUCUUUUAGAGCCUUGGGUGAAGUGGCUUAAAAAUCUACGGGUGCUUGAGUUCUUCCGGGUUUUGGGCGAGACUUGCAAGUUGAGACUGAAAGAAAUUCGUCAUGUUCAGGUAUUCACCUCGUAGGAACCAGAGAUCCAAAGGAUUCAAGGUGAAGCAUGCUCUCCAGAUAUGCCUUUUGAUUGGUGUUAGCAUCUGGCUGCUUUACCAACUCAGAAACUCUCGAGAUAAGAAAGCAUCAUUUGGCAAGGGUAAUAAAUCUGUGAGUGAAAUUGCAAAGUUGGGGAGAAAAGACCUCCAACCUCAAUUGGAAGAGCCUACCAUUAGAGAUGCAAGGCACAAGGAAGAGGAAAAUGAAGAAGAAAGCAAGAAUGAAGAAGAACAAAACAAGUUUGAAGAAAGUGAUGAUGCUGUAAAAGGUCAUGGGGAUGAUGAGAUAGAUGUACAUGAUAAGGAUAAAGUCGAAGAGGAAACCAAGCAUCGGUGGGAUUCAGUGGAUGGAGAAAAAGAGAAGGAAGAAAACAAGGAAAACAUUAGCGAGGAGAAAGAAAGAGACAAGGAUUUUGAAGAGCGCAGCGAGAAGGAAAAUGAAGAUAAUGAGAGUGAAGAGAGCAAAGAGAAGAGGGGAGAAGAGAAGCAGAAUGAAGAGAACACGGAGAAGGGAAGAGAAGGGAAAGAUUCUGAAGGGAGCAAUGGGCAGAGUGAAGAGAAGGAGAAUGAGGAAAGCAAUGACAAGGAGAGAGAAGUGAAGGCUUUUGAAGAGAACAGAGAGAACGAAGGUGAAAACAAGGGGUUUGGAGAGAGUAAAGUGAAGGAAAGCAAAGAGAAUGAGAAUGAAGAGAGCAAAGAGAAGCAAAGCGAAGAUAAGGAAAAUGAAGAGAGCAAAGAGAAGCAAAGCGAAGAUAAGGAGAAUGAAGAGAUUAAGGAAAAUAGAAGCAAGGAGGAUCAAGGUGCAGAGAAAAGGGAAGGGAGCAACGAGAUCCUUAGUAGAGAGGAGGCAGCAGAGAAAGAAGGCAAGAUAGAGGAGCGGGGUACAUCUGAAGAUCAGGUUCAAGAUGGAAGUGACAGGAAUAAUAAAGCAAGGGAAGGGAGCAAUGAUGCUCCUAGCAUGGUAGUACAUGAAAAUCAAAAUAUAACAACCGGAAGUGAGCUAGGCAAUUGGGAAAAUUCAAAGGAUGCAGAACAGGUUGAAAACAGAGGAAAUAAUGAUUUUGAGCAGGAAAGCAAAACAAAUAGCACCGAAGCAGUUGAUGCCAACCACAAUGACUCAGAGAAGAGUGUAAGAGAAACUGAAAAUUUUGAGAAUCGUGACUCCACAAAUGCUACUAGCGGUGAAAAUGGUGGUAGUGAGAGUAGUCAGCCAGAGCUGCAGAAUGGGCCCCGUGCUAACACUACCCUGCAAAAUGUUAUCCCUCAAGAAACUGAAAAAUCUGAACCAGCUGCCAACAAUGAGCAACAAAAUUCAAGUGAAACACCUUACACAAGAAUGGAGAAUGGUGAUAUGCAAACCGAGUCCAACGGAUCUUCAGUAAUGGAUGGAAACAAUGAUGUAAUUCUAAACACCGUUAACGGUGCUGAUGCAGGCCAGAAUGAGAAUGGCAAUGCUGAUCAGAGCAACACAAAUGACAACACAGAUGCAGGCCAAAAAGAACCAGUUGAUUCUCAGGAAGAGAAAGAGGCAUCGUCAAACACAUAUAGCGAUAGCAAUGCCAGCCAGAAUGAUCAAGUUGAUUCUUCCAUCUCUCAAGAGGAGAAGGAGGCUCGCACCGACUUGGAAACUUUGCCAGAGACCACAACUCAAGGGCAUAACAACGAUGACACAGCUGCAGAGUGACAUUUAUAUGAAAUUUUCGUGUUGCAACCUUUCCACGUUCAUUUACGACUCUCUCACGCUCGUCCUUUCUACUUGAGGCCAUCAAGCCAGUCUGUGCUUUGCUUGUUGUGCUCAAUGUCUAAGAAAAGACCAUCUGAGUUUUGUGAAACAAUUUAAGAAGAUUUAGGUUUCUAUACAGAUUAACCUGUUUGAUAUUCCGAAUAAUCAUAUAAUUCAGGAUGUUUCAUGGGAUGAAUUUAUUGCUGGCUUUAUUUCCA